AUGACCCUGGAGCCAACCCACAAAGCAGCAGCAGGAGCUCUGAUUGGACAGCUGUUGUUGUGUUGCACAGGGGCAGGAAUAUCCUUUGACGUCAGCUCAAGAGGUGCCACAGGGGACUCUCAGCCAGAAGCCCUACCCUCUGUGCAGGGAACCCUGCCGCACUUCAUCCAGGAGCCGGAGGACGCCUACAUCGUCAAGAGCAAUCCCAUUAAGCUGCGUUGUCGAGCCGCGCCGGCCUUACAGAUCUUCUUCAAAUGCAACGGGGAGUGGGUGCACCAGAACGAGCACAUCUCCCAAGAGUAUAAGGAUCUCAACACCGGGCUGAAGGUGCGCGAGGUGAUGAUCAACGUGUCCCGUCAGCAGGUGGAGGAUUUCCAUGGCCCAGAGGACUUCUGGUGCCUCUGCGUGGCCUGGAGCCACUUGGGCACUUCCAAGAGUCGGAAGGCUACGGUCCGCAUUGCAUACCUGAGGAAAAACUUUGAGCAGGACCCCCAGGGGAAGGAGGUGCCAAUCAAUGGGAUGAUCGUUCUGCACUGUCGCCCUCCGGAGGGAGUGCCUGUAGCGGAGGUGGAAUGGCUGAAAAACGAAGAGCUGGUGAGCUCACUGACCGACGACAACAUCGAUACCCGUGCCGACCACAACCUCAUCAUCAACGAAGCUCGUCUCUCUGACUCGGGCAACUACAGCUGCCUGGCCAGCAACAUCGUGGCCAAGAGGCGCAGCGCGACAGCCACCGUUAUAGUAUUUGUGAACGGCGGCUGGUCUCUGUGGACCGAGUGGUCGCCCUGCAAUGUGCCGUGUGGGCGAGGUGUCCAGAAGCGAUCUCGAACCUGCACUAACCCGGCGCCUCUCAACGGCGGUGCUUUCUGCGAGGGCAUGUCUGUGCAGAAGAUCACCUGCAACGCUGUCUGCCCAGUUGACGGAGGCUGGGACGAAUGGAGCGAAUGGACCGUGUGCAGCAGCCAAUGCGAGAAGCAGCGGAGUCGCGGAUGCAACUCCCCAACACCCAGACACAGAGGGAAGAUGUGUGAAGGGAACAGCGAGGCCACUGAGAACUGCACAGAUGGGCUGUGUACCCAGAAUCGAAAGCUGCUACAUGACGUUAAACCUCAAAGUAUGGACGGCUCCAACGAUGUGGCUCUGUACUCGGGCCUCGGAGCUGGCAUCAUCGCCGUCGCCAUCCUCGUGGUGGCCGUCAUGCUGUACAGGAAGAACCACAGCGAGUAUGGCGUGGACGUCAUUGAUUCCUCAGCGCUCACUGGGGGUUUCCAGUCUUUCAACUUCAAGACCACCAGGCAAGGCAACCCGCUGCUUCUCAACUCCUCCAUGCAGCCGGACUUAACGGUGGGACGGACUUACAGCACCCCGCUCUGCUUCCAGGACAGCGCAGACAAAGAGCUAUUCGACCCUCUGCCAGACAUCAAAGUGAAAGUUCAGAGCUCCUUUAUGGUUUCGCUAGGUGUGGCCGAGCGGGCGGAGUUCCACGCCAAAGCGCCAGCCGAGACUUUCCCGCGGGACCUGAACCGGGACUACUGCGGCUCCGUGGACAGACGCAAGAAAGGUCUGCUCACCCUCAACGGGCCGAUCAGCACCAGCAAAGAGCAGCAGAGGACCACCGGUGUUUUCGGACACCCGGGAGGACGCCUGGUGGUGCCAAACACUGGGGUCAGUCUGCUGGUGCCGCAUGGAGCCGUGGCUGAAAAUAUGUCCUGGGAGAUGUACAUGGUGAUCAAUCAGGGAGAGGCAAGUGUCCAAACACUUGAAGGCUGUGAAAUCCUCUUGGGUCCAGAGGUGACAUACGGUCCUCCAGGCUUGGACCUCUUCUGCCCAGUGGCCAUGACCAUCGCUCACUGCGCCGAGGUGGACGCCGAGAACUGGAACAUCCAGCUCAAGAGGAGAACCCAGGACAGCAAAUGGGAGGAUGUGAUGUCAGUGGAGGAUGAAUCCACUUCCUGUUACUGCCUAAUGGACUCCACGAGCUGCCACCUGCUGCUGGACCAGCCGGGCUCGUACGCCUUGGUGGGCGAACCCCUGACACAGGCUGCCGUCAAGAGGCUGAAGCUGGCUGUGUUUGGGAGCAUGGAGGCCGGCUCCGUGAGCUACGGCCUGCGGGUGUACUGUGUGGACGACACGCCACACGCCUUUCAGGGAGUUGUGGCUGCAGAGAAGAUCAGAGGGGGUCAGCUCCUCGAGGAGCCAAAGAUGUUGCCUUUCCGAGCGAACACCUUCAGCCUCCAGGUGUCCAUCCAGGAUGUUCCCCACUUCCUGUGGAGCAUCAAACCCUUUACCACAUGUCAGGAAUUCUCCUUCCCCCAAGUGUGGUGCAGCAACCAGCAGCCCCUGCACUGUGCCUUCUCUCUGGAGAGAUACAGCCCCGCCACCGCCCAGCUCUCCUGCAAAAUCAGCGUGCGCCAGGUCAAAGGUCACGAGCAGAUCCUGCAGGUCUACACGGCGGUGGCCGAGACUGAAAAGGAUUCGGUUCCAUUUUUUAUGCAGACGGACUGCACCAUCACAACCCAGACGGGGCCCAAGGCCUUCAAAAUCCCCCUGUCCAUCCGCCAGAGGAUCUGUGCCACCUUCGACACUGCCAACGCUAAGGGCAAGGACUGGCAACUCUUAGCCCAGAAACUCCACUUAGAUCGAAACCUGGGUUAUUUCGCAAAGCAGCGGAGUCCGUCGGCAGUCAUACUGAGCCUGUGGGAGGCUCGCCACCAGGACACUGCUGACCUUGACUCUCUAGCCAGCGCCCUGGAGGAGAUUGGCAAGAUCCAUUCCAAAAUCUCCCCCAAGGAGCAGGAAGAGCCGGAAUCCGACUUUAAUCGCAUACAAGCGGGAAGCCUCUGCGGAACGGGCGAGCUAACGAGUCGUAAGACCGAGGACUCUGCUCCUGAAUAUACAGGAUGAGAGGCAAGAGACGGUGAGGGAGAACUGACUCAACUUAAGACAUAUCUGUGUACGCGCACACACACACACAACCAGUGAUGGACAACACACUGCGGCGGUGCGCUGGAA